GCUGCAAUCAUGUCAGUACAAGUGAUGGCUCCCAGCUCUGCAGCCGGCAGUGUGACAGUCGCUAUUCACCCUCUGGUGAUUAUGAAUAUUUCGGAGCAUUGGACACGAGUGAGAUCGCAAGACAAAGUGCAGAAUCCGAAAGUGUUGGGAGCUCUGAUUGGAACUCAGAAGGGUCGCAACUUAGAGAUUUUCAAUUCAUUCGAGUUGCAGUGUGACGUAGGGAACGAUCAUGACGUCAUCAUCAAUAGGGAAUAUUAUACCACCAAGGAGGAGCAAUUCAAAAUGGUCUUCAAAGAUCUUGAUUUUUUGGGUUGGUAUACGACUGGAGAUUUGGCCGGAACUGUUGAUGACAUGAAAGUGCACAGACAGGUUUGUGAGAUAAACGAGAGCCCAAUAAUGAUGAAGUUGAGUCCUGAAGUUCGAACAAACGAGCUUCCUAUCAGUGUCUUCGAGUCUGUUAUCGAUCUUGUAGACGGCGAAGCUUGCAUGCAAUUUGUUGAACUAAAGUACACGAUCGCAACUGAAGAAGCCGAACGAAUCGGAGUCGACCACAUCGCCAGACUGACAUCGUCAGGAACAUCAGAACAAUCAUCAGUUGCUGAGCAAUUGUCAGUACAGCACAGUGCUGUAAAGAUGCUACAUACACGAGUCCGACUUAUUUUAGAUUAUGUACAAGCUGUACAAGCAGGUGAGUUACCUAGAAAUCAUGCAAUUCUACGAGAAAUCAAUAGCUUGUGCCACCGGCUGCCGGCAAUAGACACAGCAUUUUUCAAAGAAGAUUUCUUUACUCAAUGUAAUGACAUCAUGCUAAUGUCAUACCUCGCUUCCAUGACCAAAGGCUGUGACAUCAUGAACACGUUUAUUGCGAAGCUCAAUGCGCUAUUCGAUCGUCACGGGAUGGGGAGAAGAAUGCGAGGUCUAUUUUACUAGAAACCAUACUGACAGACUCUUUUGUUUCAUGUAGCAUGUGUGGCAGUUAAUAAGCCUUGCUGUCUCCAGAAACUGCAUGCCAUAAUAAGUUGCUGUUGGGCAAAUAUAGCGAAUGAUGUAGAGUGUA